AUUAGUUCCUGAUCUUCUACGAACCCUAUCGUCAUGCGCUUUCUACUAGCUCUCUCCCUGGCCGUCCUGGUCGUUCUGAUCCUCCACAGCAGCCAGGUGUCCUCCACAUCAACCACCACCUCCACAAGUGCUUCGGCCACAACCACCACGGCUGCUACGACAACAACUGAUUCGUCCACCACCACCACCACCGAAUCCUCCACGACCACCACUGCCUCCACAAAGAAGAAGCACCGACGCCGCCGUGUCAUCAUCAGGCGCGUGAUCAUCCGCCGUGGCAGGGAAGGACGAAGUGAGAGCGGAGACAAUCGCCGACGGGUCGUCGUACGCGUUCGCAGGACGGCCAACUGAAACACCAGAUUAAUGGUUAUUUUCUUUAAAGCCCGUUGCUGUCAAUCAAAAUAAAUCAUUGAAAAAUUAUUUUCUAUCG